GCGGCCAACGAGAAGCUUUCGGAGGAGUUGGCGCAGCUGCGGCGUCAGGUGGAGCCACCGGACACCGGUGCAGCGUGUGACGCGCAGAUGGACGCUCAGCGUGGUGAGGAGGAUGCUUCAAGGAUCUUGAACGUCUACAAGCAGCAGUCAG